UUGGGUUUGACAAGCCCGGAAUUGGGUUUGGAGAGGAACAGAGUCCAACAACGCAAUAACGUGCGUUUCGAUUGAAGAAUCAGAAAACUAUUUCAUUUGCAGCGUCUCUCUCAGUUCUUCGUACUGGUCGCCACCGGUUGCCAGAUUGAACCAAAAUAAAAGAAAGAAGUAAUGGAUGAAAUUUUCGUACAAUCUUCUUCCAAGCAGCAGGCUUAAAUGUUGGUCGAAUUGAGAUGCAUCCCUUUUUGCCUGAGCUCAUCUCAGCAGCCCCGUCGUUCGAAUUAUCUUUCCAGACAGAUAAUAGCAAUCGGAAAUAUAAAACAGGCUCGCAUUGCAAGGCCUCAAAUAUUGCCUUCCUCUUUAGGAGAUGGUUUUGGCUUUCGGGUUUUUGUUGUUUCUGACUUACACACUGACUACCCUGAGAACAUGGCGUGGGUCAAGUGCUUGUCGUCUGAAAAGCACAAGAAAGAUGUUCUUCUUGUUGCUGGUGAUGUAGCCGAGACAUACGGCAACUUUUUGUUCACUAUGUCCCUUUUCAAGGAUAAAUUUCAACAUGUAUUUUAUGUUCCUGGGAACCAUGAUCUCUGGUGUCGCUCUGAGCAAGACCAUUGUCUUGAUUCUCUUGAAAAGCUGAAUAAAUUGCUUGAUGCAUGUAGAGGACUUGGAGUUGAGACCAAACCGAUGGUUAUGGAUGACUUGGGAAUCAUACCUCUGUUUUCUUGGUACCAUGAGAGUUUUGAUACAGAGGAGGACGUCAUUGGCAUCCGAAUUCCGUCCUUGGAGAUGGCAUGCAAGGACUUUCAUGCAUGCAAGUGGCCAAAGGAACUUUCAAGCAGAGAUACCUCUCUUGCUCUCUAUUUUGAUUCGAUGAAUGAAGAAAAUGGGGAAAAAAUCAAGGUCAUCCAGAAGAAGUGUAGCCAAAUAAUUACAUUCUCUCACUUUGUUCCCAGGCAAGAGCUAUGUCCUGAGAAGAGGAUGUUGUUCUAUCCAAACCUCCCAAAAAUCAUUGGUUCUGAUUGUCUCGAGGUUCGUUUAAGGUCAAUACAUGGAACUAAGGGGAAUGCAUCUGCGUGCCAUGUAUUUGGUCAUACUCAUUUCUGUUGGGAUGCUAUGCUUGAUGGUAUCAGAUACGUACAAGCACCAUUAGCUUACCCUAGAGAAAGAAAGAGGAGGAUGAAUGGGGGUGAAACUUGGCUUCCGUUUGGUAUAUAUUCCGAUGGGAAAUUCGCUGAAAGACUCUCACCGUGUUAUUGGUCUGAUUACUAUGCGACCAACCCAAGAGCACCCCAUAACACUGAACUUGCUCCCUGGGUUGCCAGACUCUAUAACCGAUGAUAGAGUGCACUUUUGUAUUUAGAUACUAUACAAAUCAAUUUUUUCUAUUUAUGUUUAUCAAAUUAUGUUACUUGCACAGCUUCCUUAUAUCUGCCAUGUGUAAUGGAAGGCCUAAAGGCCACAAUUUUAUUGCCGACACUAUCAGUAUGGGAUAAAAUACAGUGAAACAGAGUCAGACGUACAUUUUAUUUACUACUAUAUCCAUGACCAAAGCAGCAC